CCCCGUGUGACGCGCUGUCCCCCAGGGCCACACCAAGGGCCCGUUCCUCGUCAGCGCCCCGCUCUCCACCAUCAUCAACUGGGAGCGCGAGUUCCAGAUGUGGGCGCCCGCCUUCUACGUUGUCACCUACACCGGGGACAAGGACAGCCGCGCCAUCAUCCGCGAGAACGAGUUCUCCUUCGACGACAACGCCAUGAAGGGCGGCAAGAAGGCCUUCAAGAUGAAGCGSGAGGCUCAGGUCAAGUUCCACGUUCUGCUCACGUCCUACGAGCUCAUCACCAUCGACCAAGCGGCGCUGGGCUCCAUCCGCUGGGCCUGCCUGGUGGUGGAUGAGGCUCACCGGCUCAAAAACAACCAGUCCAAGGUGCGGGGGCACCCCAAAAACCGGGGAUACCCCAAAAACCGGGCAUGGGCAUAG